AUGCAUAGCAAGUGGUAUGGAGUACUUAGUUAUUUCCAGAAGAAUCUACCAUAUUGGAAAUCAUCUAAAUACUAUCUAUGGACGAAAUUUACAAUUGCAAGCGGAGUUGUUGGCAUUGGGAUUGUAGGCUUAGCUGUGCCUGUAUAUGCAUCAGACUUACAAGCCCAUCCUGCAAAACUACCUUGGAUACACAAUGGGAUAAUAUCUUCCUAUGAUCAUGCUUCUAUGCGUCGAGGUUAUCAAGUAUACAAAGAAGUGUGUAGUGCUUGUCACAGCUUGAAGUAUAUGAACUAUCGACAUUUAGUCAAUGCAGUACUCACAGAAGAUGAGGCUAAAGCGGAUGCAGCUGAACAUAUGUAUCCUGAUGGACCGGAUGAUAACGGGAAUAUGUUUGAACGACCAGGUCGGUUAACUGAUGUACUUCCAUCUCCUUAUCCGAAUAAAGAAGCAGCGCGUGCUGCUAAUAACGGUGCAGAACCACCGGAUCUGACAUAUAUUGUUAAAGCUCGGGAGGGUAAUGAGAAUUAUAUAUUCCAUCUCCUUACAGGUUAUAUGGAUCCUCCACCAGGUCGUACAGUUUCAGAUGGACAAUAUUAUAAUCCUUAUUUCCCUGGUGGUGGUAUAGGUAUGGCAAGAGUAUUGUAUGAUGAUUUAAUUGAAUAUGCUGAUGGAACACCUGCUACAACUAGUCAAAUGGCAAAAGAUGUAGUAACAUUUCUUAGUUGGACUUCUGAUCGAUCUCAUGAUGAACGUAAACGUAUUUUACUUAAGGCAAUUGUAAUUACAAGUACAUUAUUAGUAAUAAUGGGUAUAUACAAACGAAAACAUUGGUCAGAUAUAAAAACUAGAAAGGUUAUUUACAAAAAUCGACCAGUGCCGAAGGAUGUUUAG